AUGACAAGUACCAAUGUAUCAACCAAAGAUCAAACAAAUAAUGAAUCUAUAUCACUUCAGCAUAAUGGAGCAUUUGAAAACUGUAAUUUUUCUGUCGUUAUUACAGGUUUAAUUUUCGGGCAUAUCGAUUUAAUAGUUUGUUCUCUUGUGAUUUUCUCUGCAUAUACGAAAUGGCGCACGAGUUCUUUAUCAAUGUCAAGCCGAGUUCCUUUAUAUCUCAGUAUUUCAGAUAUAUUCCAAUAUUUAGUGUUUAUGCCAAACUUUUUUUAUUCGUUAAUAUAUCAUGAGAUAUUUCCUGAAACCACUUGUAAAAUAUUCGCCUACCUCUUCUUCCUCCAAAUAAAUAUCAAUAUGAUUUUAAUUUCCGGCAUUGCAAUUGUUACUUAUCUGAGCGUCGUUAAAAGCCAAAGUUAUGAAUUUGGACCGCUGGACUGGGAAACGACAGCUUCUGUUGAUAGAAUCAACAGAAGAAACAAAUUGGAAAGGCAGGCUACAUUAAAAAUUCUGAUCUAUAUAUCAGUAUUUUUAAAAUGGAUACCUUUAACGCUAUAUGGAAUAUGCAUUAUGUCCGGUAUUGAAGAAGCCUUAUGGAUGCAUAUCUCUGCCCUUGUUGCGUUUCAUUUGGGUGGAUUAUAUAAUUGCACAUUAUAUAUAAUGAAUGAAGGAUUCCGUCGUUCCAAUAAGAAUACAACAAAUGCGGUGGAAGUUCAGCCUAAAAAACCUUAG